AUGGAGCCCGCCAAGCAUCCCGUCGAUCCCCCCAAGAAGCGCCGCAUUGGUGUCCUCACCUCCGGUGGUGAUGCGCCCGGUAUGAACGGCGCCGUGCGGGCCGUCGUCCGCAUGGCUCUGCACUCUGAUUGCGAGGCCUACGCCGUCUUCGAAGGCUACGAGGGCCUGGUCAAUGGCGGCAACAUGAUCCGACAGAUGCAUUGGGAGGAUGUCCGCGGCUGGUUGUCGCGCGGUGGUACACUGAUCGGUUCUGCUCGAAGCAUGGCCUUCCGCGAGCGUGCCGGCCGACUGCGUGCCGCUAAGAACAUGAUCCUGCGGGGAAUUGAUGCCCUCGUCGUCUGCGGUGGUGAUGGUAGCUUGACUGGUGCCGAUGUCUUCCGCGCCGAGUGGCCUACUCUACUGUCCGACCUCAUUGCGGCAGGUGAGUUGACUGAGGAGCAGGUUGAGCCCUACAAGGUUCUAAACAUUGUUGGUCUGGUCGGUUCCAUCGAUAACGACAUGUCCGGCACCGACGCUACCAUUGGUUGUUACUCUUCUUUGACUCGCAUUUGUGAUGCGGUCGAUGAUGUUUUUGACACUGCGUUCUCGCACCAGCGAGGCUUCGUCAUUGAGGUGAUGGGUCGCCACUGUGGGUGGCUGGCUCUCAUGUCCGCCAUUAGUACUGGCGCAGACUGGCUGUUCAUUCCCGAGAUCCCUCCUCGGGAUGGCUGGGAGGAUGACAUGUGCUCCAUUAUUACCAAGAACCGCAAGGAGCGUGGCAAGCGCCGCACGAUCGUUAUUGUCGCCGAGGGAGCGCAGGAUCGCCAACUCAACAAGAUUUCGAGCUCCACCAUCAAGGAUAUUCUUACGCAACGCCUGGGCCUGGAUACCCGAACCACCGUUUUGGGUCACACCCAGCGUGGUGGUGCGGCUUGCGCCUACGACCGCUGGCUCUCCACUCUGCAGGGUGUUGAGGCCGUUCGUGCCGUUCUGGAGAUGACGCCCACAUCCCCAUCGCCCGUUAUUACCAUCCGCGAGAACAAGAUCAUGCGGACUCCUCUUAUGGAGGCAGUUCAGGCCACUAAAGAUGUCACCGCAAAGAUCCACGCCAAGGACUUUGCGGCCGCCAUGACUCUGCGUGAUGCGGAGUUCAAGGAAUACUAUCAUGCUUACUUGAACACAGCAACCCCGGAUCACCCAAAGAUGAUCCUCCCCGAAGGCAAGAAAAUGCGUAUUGCCAUCAUUCACGUCGGUGCCCCUGCUGGCGGAAUGAACCAGGCCACUCGCGCCGCCGUGGCCUACUGUUUGACCCGCGGCCACACUCCCCUCGCGAUUCACAACGGUUUCCCCGGCCUCUGCCGCCACCAUGCUGACAAGCCGGUCAGCUCGGUCCGUGAAGUUCAGUGGCUCGAGUCUGACAGCUGGGUUAACGAGGGUGGAUCCGACAUUGGUACCAACCGCAGCCUGCCCUCGGAGGAUAUGGAGGGCACUGCCAAGUGCUUCGAGCUUUACAAGUUCGAUGCCCUAUUCGUUGUUGGUGGCUUUGAGGCAUUCACUGCCGUUAGCCAGCUGCGAAAGGCUCGUGAGAAGUACGAUGCUUUCAAGAUUCCUCUUGUUGUGCUUCCCGCCACCAUCUCCAACAACGUCCCCGGCACCGAGUACUCUUUGGGAAGCGACACCUGCUUGAACACUCUGAUUGACUUCUGCGACGCCAUUCGGCAGUCCGCCUCUUCGUCUCGCCGCCGUGUCUUCGUUAUUGAGACCCAGGGAGGCAAAUCUGGUUACAUUGCGACCACGGCCGGUCUGGCAGUUGGUGCCGUGGCCGUGUACAUUCCCGAGGAGGGCAUUGAUAUCAAGAUGCUCUCGCGCGAUAUUGAUUUCCUGCGCGACAACUUCAUUCGUGACAAGGGUGCUAACCGCGCGGGCAAGAUCAUUCUUCGGAACGAGUGUGCUUCGAGCACCUACACCACCCAGGUUGUUGCUGAUAUGAUCAAGGAGGAGGCCAAGGGCCGCUUCGAGUCGCGUGCGGCCGUUCCUGGUCACUUCCAGCAGGGUGGUAAGCCAUCGCCCAUGGACCGUGUCCGUGCCCUGCGGAUGUCCAUCAAGUGCAUGCAGCACAUCGAGUCCUAUGCUGGCAAGAGCCGGGAUGCUAUUGCCGCAGAUCCCUUGUCCGCUGCUGUCAUUGGUGUCAAGGGCUCUCAGGUUCUGUUCUCACCGAUGGGUGGUGACGAUGGCCUGGAGGCGACCGAGACUGACUGGGAGCGUCGUCGUCCCAAGUCGGAGUUCUGGCUCGAGUUGCAGGAUGUGGUCAACGUCCUGUCUGGCCGGUCUACCGCUCGCGCUGCGGAUACCUGGACGAUCUACGAGAGUAUGUAA